CUGGACGUGGCGGCCAUUUUGUUUUGGGCACCAAGCGGGAGGCGUCGGCGGCGUCGGUGGCACAGACGCAAGGCAGGAAGGGGCAGGCCGGGCGAGCAGGCGGACCGGCCGACCAGACACCCGCCCGGCUACAACGAGCUAACCUAAGGAAUCUACCGCUUACAUCUCUAACCAACCGCCCACCAAGUCACCUCAAGUUCGGCCGGACCCCGGCCGGCGCGCCGCAGCCGUGGUGGCAGCCCCGGGAGGCGCACUGGCGUCCGUUUCCUUCGAUUCUCGGGAUUUGAAGAUGGCUGCACAGUCAGCGCCGAAAGUUGUGCUAAAAAGCACCACCAAGAUGUCUCUAAAUGAGCGCUUUACUAAUAUGCUGAAGAACAAACAGCCGAUGCCAGUGAAUAUUCGGGCUUCGAUGCAGCAACAGCAGCAGCUAGCCAGCGCCAGAAACAGAAGACUGGCCCAGCAGAUGGAGAAUAGGCCUUCUGUCCAGGCAGCAUUAAAACUUAAGCAGACUUUAUGUGCGAGUCCGGACAGUGGCUGUGGAAGGAUAUGUCCAAGCUGUGGCUGGGCGUCUGGAGGGCGAUGCCAUGCAACUAAGAGCUUAAAGCAGCGCCUGGGUAAGAGUAACAUCCAGGCACGGUUAGGCCGACCCAUAGGGACCCUGGCCAGGGGAGCGAUUGGAGGACGAGGCCUGCCCAUAACCCAGAGAGGCCUUCCCAGAGGAGGACUGCGAGGGGGACGCGCCACCAGAACCCUGCUCAGGGGCGGGAUGUCGCUCCGAGGUCAAAACCUGCUCCGAGGUGGACGAGCCGUAGCUCCCCGAAUGGGCUUAAGAAGAGGUGGUGUUCGAGGUCGUGGAGGUCCUGGGAGAGGGGGCCUAGGGCGUGGAGCUAUGGGUCGUGGCGGAAUCGGUGGUAGAGGUCGGGGUAUGAUAGGUCGGGGAAGAGGGGGCUUUGGAGGCCGAGGCCGAGGCCGUGGACGAGGGAGAGGUGCCCUCACUCGCCCUGUGCUGACCAAGGAGCAGCUGGACAACCAGUUGGAUGCAUACAUGUCGAAAACGAAGGGACACCUGGAUGCCGAGUUGGAUGCCUAUAUGGCACAGACAGAUCCGGAAACCAAUGACUGAAACCUGCCCGCCUUCCUGGGAGAGACUCUUGUUCAAAAGUCACCACAUCUGUAAAUAACCGAGAGAGAACAGAUGGAGAAGACACCUGAUUGACGCUGGAAGGACCUGUCCCAAUAGGCUGUGGACUCACUUGCCACCAGUCUGUGCAUUUUAGUGUGUUCCUUUUACUUUUUUUGAUACUGUGUUGUAUGAAACCCUUUUUGCCUCUGACUUGGAUUUUGUUGUGUGUUUGGGUUGUUCCUCCACCCCCAUUGCUCUUACUUCUCUUUGAACAUGAAUGUGGUGGCCUUGUGGCUAGAACACUCUUCCCUGCUCUGUUUCCCUUCACCUGUCCUGUCCUCUGACCAUCUAACAUUUCAUCUCUUUGUCUCCAUGAAAAAGCCCUAGAAAGAGCCCAUCAGUGUUCCUUCCUAAUGCCUAGGUUUCGGAGAAACAGUUCUGUUCUACAUCUUUAAUAGCCUCUUAAAAAGUGUUUAGAAAAUCUGGAGCUCAAAAAUGCAUUCUUCCACAUUGAUAUUUUAGUGUGAUUAGUUAGGAACACCCACAGAGCCGCAGGGCCACGCAGGCUCCGCGUGGUAACGCCUCUGGGUAAAGCUGCUUCUGUGGGCAUGGACACCAGUAACGUGUGUGCACUUUCUGCCCUGGAAUUACAUGUAUAAACUUUCCUCUGGGCUUUGUGUCCUGUCCAGAGAGAUACUUUUGGGUUAGCUUACACUUGGCAGUGGAGAGGAAAUAGCCGUUUGGUUUGACAGAUGCUUCAGAAAAGGGGAUAGAAUGCUGGCAGAUCCCUUCUGGGAGGGCUCAGAAGACACCCACGCUGAAGGGGCAUCCUUCUGUUUAUCCCAAACCAGUAUUGGGCUUUUUCCAUUCAGUGGCUUGCUUUGACCAUCUUUUCAGUUGCCCUUGAAGGUUUAAUUAAGUUCAGCUCUUUCUGUUAGCUGCUCCAGUUUUCAGUGGAUCUUGUAUUUCUGGUUCAUCAUAACAAGAAAUCAUACUUAAAUCUA